CCGGCUGACCUGUGAGAGGCCACGGACCAGUCCGAAGCCUGUCAUCGAACACUCUCCAGGGUCGUUCUUCUUCCCUGUUCUUGGCCCCAAGAAAUCGAAGACCUCACCAACGUCUAGGGAAACAUUUGGUAUAGCCUUGGAUAUUGAUACGUCCUUGUCUCAUUUGACGUUCUUGUGUCUCACUCGAACGAAACCUUGCCGACUGAGACAAUUUUCUGUUACCUUCGCUGACUGAAUUCGCGCACGCGACCCCGCUGAUGUUUGCGCUGUAAGCACACGCAGCGGUCGGUCAAAGAAAAGAUUCGGGUAGUGCAAGGCUGGAACAUCCGCGAAGACGACCUUUCGCAAUUACCAAACACGACCGACGUGACCAGGUUACGAAUACAGGCGCGAAGGAAAAUCGAAAAUCGCACAUCCGCAGGUGCGGGCGCAGCAAACCAUGAUCGUUCAUGAGCUGCACAGCCGUGCUAGCACUACCGAGCCUGGGUCCAUCGACAUUUCCACGGGAAGGAUCAAGGAAUGGCGUUCUGUUAUCACUCUCAUUGUUUUCGUCCUCACCAACAUCAAUGUGCUGUUCGACUUCAUGAUACCCAUCUAUGUCCCCAAGGUGUUGUGGAAAGGGAUUGUCUCGACCUCCACGGCAUUGCGCAUUACAUCGAAGCCAUCACAUGAUCGCCCUUCACAUGGUGCAUUCGUACGGUUCAAUUUCCCUAUGAAUUUUGUGACCUCUCCGCUUAUUGCUGAUCUCUUCCUGCUCGCCAUUACUGCCAUUGGGAGGGACGAAGUCAGAGGCGGAACUAUCGGUGCUAAUGGCAUUGUACCGUACGACAUCAUGCUGUUCUUCUUGUCUCUGGCAUACAUCGCUAUCUCGGUCGACGCUUCCGGCUUGAUCAGAUGGCUGGCUUUCAAGGUCCUGCAGAAGGGAGGCAAAGUCGGUCACAGGCUCUACCUCUACCUGUACCUAUUCUUUUUUGCGCUAACAGCUUUCAUUGGCAACGAUCCUAUCAUUCUCUCUGGAACAGCGUUCCUCUCAUACAUGACUCGUGUGUCAAGCAACAUCACCCAUCCUCGAGCGUGGAUCUUCACACAGUUUGCUUGUGCCAACAUUGCUUCUGCUAUCCUGGUCUCCUCCAAUCCUACCAACCUGGUCCUGGCAGGCGCUUUCAAAAUCACCUUUAUCAAGUACACGGCCAAUGUCAUUGUCCCUGUUAUCGUCACUGGCAUAAUACUUUAUCCUUUCCUGCUCUACAUCAUUUUCCAGGACGAGAAUUUGAUUCCAGAGACAAUUUUGAUGGAAGAUCUUCCCGACCACAUCAAGAACAAGACGCCGGUGAACCCUAACAUCCCAUUUGCAAAAGACGACAAUGAAGACCAAGUCGCUGACCCUUCCGACACGGACGAACAGAAAAGCCGGAAACAGCUGUCUCUCGAGGAGAUCUUGAAUCCGUUCUUGGACAAAAAGGGAGCAAUUUUCGGCGCUGCGAUCAUGGCUACAACCCUGGUCACUGUGCUCAUCAUCAAUGCAGUCGCACAAGGCUCCCACGAAACACCAGUGUUCUACGUAACAAUGCCUGCAGCUUUCGUCCUAGUCAUUUUUGACCUUGGACUUGGCUGGUUCGACAGGGAGAAGACACGUAAGAUUGCCCAAGCAGGUAGGCGCAGAGCCGUAGAGAAAAAGGCAGAGAAAGAAAGAGAGAGACUUAUGGUCCCCGGAGAACCUGUGCAGCCUCGAAACGGCGAGUCAUUCGCCACAGGUACCACUGUGAACGAGAAAACAUCGACACCAACGGCUACCACGCCACCCCACACAUCGAACACAACACUGGAUCCUGUUGCCGAUCGAGAGCGCGAUGUUGGGGAGCAGCACCAAACAAAGCCGUCUCCUCAAAAGCGGCCUACGACUCUCGAAUCCAUUGUUAAGGAAAGAUACCAAUGGGCCGAGGAGACAUUUCCCACUACGAUGACAGUCUUCAAUCAUCUGCCACUACCUUUACUACCUUUCGCAUUCUGCAUGUUUGUCCUAGUCCAAGCACUAGUAACGAAAGGCUGGGUUCCAGUAUUCGCGCAUGGAUGGGACCACUGGGUAGAGAAAACAGGGACCGUCGGCGCAGUUGGCGGUAUGGGUUUCCUCUCCGUAGUUCUCUGCAACUUCGCAGGUACAAACAUUGGCACUACGAUCCUGCUUUCUCGUGUCGUCCAGUCCUGGCAGGAGAUCCACCAUCAAAGAGGUACAAACAUCUCGGACCGAACCUUCUGGGGCACCGUGUAUAGCAUGGCAAUUGGUGUAAAUUACGGGGCUUUCAGCUUGGCGUUCAGUGCCUCGCUUGCUGGCAUGCUGUGGCGCGACAUCUUGAGUCGCAAGCACAUCCGUGUUGGUGGGCUGGAGUUUGCGCGCGUCAAUCUGCCGAUUAUUGCCAUUACCAUGGUGGUUGGAUUGACGGUCCUUAUCGGGCAGAUUUAUAUCAUGAGGGAUACUUCUCCCUACAAUGCGUGACAGACUUAACUAGACUUACUUGGUUCUUCAAACUCGCCUUCCCC